AUGCUUUUUGAACUUGAGCAAGAGUGUUUGGAUGCUUAUAGAAAGAAAGUGGAUCAGGCGAGCCAUUCCCGGGCCCAGCUAAGACAAGCAGUUGCUGAUGCCGAAGCGCAGCUUGCAGACAUCUCUUCUGUAAUGGGAGAUCGACCAAUUCAUGUAAAUAAGAGUUCUGGGAGCUUGAAGAAAGAGCUUCAGGCGAUCAUGCCUCUACUAGAAGAUAUGAAAAAGAAAAUUUUAGUGCAACAUGGAUGUGUACUGCCCCGGGACCCGUGCGUUGCUUCAAAUGACGAAGAGGACGAGUUCAAAAGCGUGCUUAGCGGCACGGAUGUCGAGGCACGGAGGCCAUUCUGCAAUUGCUUAAUCGAUAUUUGCCGAAAAAGGAACCUUCACAGAAGGGCCCACGAGCUUCUUUAUCUGGGGACUGUUUACGGAUUGUACCAAGGCUUACACACCAAGACUGAAGAAGAGUGGCGGUUGAACGUUCAGUCAUUGUCAGUUGGUGCAGCCGAGACAACCUUCGAGGAGUGGAUGGGAACUUUGGUUAAAAUCGUGCAGCGAAAGGAGAGUUUGCCUGCUUUCUCUGCAAGCACGGGAGCUGGAACUCAUAAGUUCUCGCAUGGUUUAGGGAGAGCUUUUGCUUCACAUGUGGAGAAGAUGGCUGCGCCUUUUCAUGAGAGUGAGCGGAAAUCGGGUUUGUUUGUCGCGACUCGCGAGGAUUUGGUUUUGUGGGUCGAGUCUAAGGCCUUUACAAGCUAA